GCAUCCUCUAAACUCAACCUGUCAAUACAAGUUCAGUUUCUCUAUUGUGACCGUUGUGUAUCCAUAAAAACAUUUAAUAAUUAUGAUCAUUACUUUUGUUAAAUAACUAUUUCACGUACAAUUGAAUGGCUACGUAAAUGCACAAAUUAACGAAAUAUUUUACUUAGAUUACAGCGUGGUUAGAAUUAUUUUUGUAUAAACCAUAUAAUUAAGAAAUUCAGGAUACUUACUUUCUGCGAUUGAUGUAAAAAAAUAAAAAGUCCACAAGGAAUUCAAUAUGCCGCCAAAAAGUAAAAAGAAUACUUUGAUUAUGGUUACCAAUGUUGGAUCCACUAGUUUACAACUGAAUUCGGUUGAAGAUGAACCAUUCAUAGACAAAGCAAAGUUUGCCAUGAAAAUGUUGGUUGAGAAAAAGAUCUUUCUGCAACCAAAAGAUGAAAUUGGGAUCAUAACAAUGGGUGAUGAAACUGAUAAUUCACAAGAUAUGGAUUAUGUGAAAGAGUACAAUGAACACUUAUUAAUACCUAAUUGGGAAAUGGUCAAAUAUAUCGAUGGUUUGGCAUCUACAAAGCAUCCUUGUAAUUGGAUCGAGGCUCUUCAUGUUGCUCUGUGUUUCAUUAAAAGAGAAGUCGUAAAUCCAGACAGCACAGUUUUCCUAGUUAUCUUUAAUAACUUUAAGGAAGAUGCUGAUAGUAUUGAGAAUUAUGAUGCUGAUAAUAUUAUUGAUGACUUAAAUAACUAUGACAAUUUACAUCUAUUAUUUGUAGGGGAAAAUCCACUCGAUGAGGAAUCUCAGAUAGAAAAUGUCACACCAAGUGAGGAAUUUGCACUUUCUGUGAUCAAACAGACUCAAGCUCAGUAUGAACAGAUAAAUAAUUUCAUAGAAUCCAGAAGAUUUUUCAUGCCUCCACCUACAAAUUCAAUGGCUUGGAAAUUCAACUUACAAUGGGCUGGACUGAACAUUGCAUGUUCCAACUAUGUCAAAGUAACUGAUAGUACUAAGCUGAGUCCAUGGAAAAUGGCAGCAGUUAAGGAAUCUCUUGAUCUACUAAUCGAUAAACCCAAGGAUGGAAGCAAUGUAAACGAAAUAAAAGAAGAGGACAAGCAAGAAGUUUUUAGGGCAAAUAUUCAAAUGGAUGUACAUCGAAACGAAAUCAAACAAGAAAAUAUCAUUAAUGGUUACAAAUAUGGUGGAAAAUAUAUACCAUUCUCAGACGAUGACGAGGUAGCUAUGAAAUACAGUGGGAGUAUAAAGGGCAUGAUGGUGUAUGGAUUUGUUCCACAAGACGAAGUACAGCUUGAAUGUUGGACAGGAUCUGGAUCUCGAUUAAUUGUUCCAGAAACAGACAACGACGCAGUUGCCUUUUACAGCUUGGUACAAGCUAUGGUUGAAAAAAGAUAUGCAGCUAUAGUAAGGAAAGUUUAUGCCAAUAAUAAUUUGCCAAGAAUGGGUGUUCUUUUCCCAAAAGUUGUAUACGAUGACGUGUGGGGUUUUGUACACAUCGAAUUGCCGUUUGUUACCGAUCUACGUAUCAUUCAGAAGAGGCCGAUUCAAUCUUUGGAUGGCACUGUGAACAAAGAAAAAUUGGACGCUUUAGAUGAUUUCAUUGAUGCUAUGACUAUAGUUGAUAAUGAUCCAGAGUAUUUGAAUCCAGGAAUGUUUCCAAAUGUAAUUAAUCAGUACCACUGGAAUGCAAUAGCCGAUCGCGUCUUGAACCCUAAAGGGGCCUUAUUACCCUUGAACGGUUAUUUGAAAAAAUUUUUGGAGCCACCAGAAUACUUAAAUGAUAAAGUCAAAACACAUUAUGAGAAGUUACGUAAACUUUUUGGAAACAUUAACAUGCAUAAGGAAACUACGAAAGAUAAAAAAUCAGCUCGCGUUGCACCCAAAAUUGCUAAUGAACCAGAAAAAACAGGUGCAACCAAGGAUAUCCUUACAAUUGGAAAAGAUAAUGAUGAAGCAGCUUCUGAUUCAGAAGAAUUAGACAUGUCAAUGGGAGAGCUUGAUGACCUGUGAAUUGCCUGGACAAAAUAGUAAGAGAUAAUUUUACUACAUCAGGUUUGCAGUUUUCCUAAAGUCUAUAUUAUUAAGUUACUCUUAAGAAAUAACAAUUUAAACUCGAGAUCUUAUAAAUAUUCUUUGUUGAUCAAAGAUACUGAUAGUUCUAACAGAUACAUGGUUUUGACUUGUAAUAAGUAGUGAAAAAAAGCAACACAUGUUCUUAUGCCUUAGCUGUACAUAAAAAGUGUUUUGUAUUUUAAUAAAUUUAAUAUUUUUGUACACGACCUUACGUAUCUGAUUUCAAAUAGUAACUUUAUCACAAAUUUUAUAAAUAUAUAUUUAAUUUAAUUUACAAAUCAAUUGAAUACAAGUAAAGUGUAUAUAAUACAGGUUCAAAUUAUACAUAUAUUUAUACAUGGAAAAUAAUCUACAGAGAAAAAAUGAAUAAUACGAAAAUAGUCGUAUGCAUUAUAUAAUAUUAUAAUUUGAACGUUUAAAAAAAUACAGAUAGAUGUCUCGAACUAUUA